GCUUCUUCUCGCAGUUGAGAUCCUGAAUCUUCUGCAUCGGCUGCGGUCUUCUGUGCCUAGUGCUUCCACGAAACGUUGCGUUUCACUGAGAGCAGAAGAUGGGUCAUUCUAACGUCUGGAACUCGCAUCCCAAGAGCUACGGUCCCGGCUCUCGCACCUGUCGUGUGUGCGGGAACCCUCAUGGGCUGAUCCGGAAGUAUGGGCUCAUGUGUUGCAGACAAUGCUUCCGCAGCAAUGCCAAGGAAAUUGGUUUUAUUAAGUACCGGUAA